AUGCUUCCUCUCCUUUUUGUUUUUAUUGUUCAUGUUUCAGCCUCAUGGGCAGCCUCUGAUCCUCUAUUUAACACCAUUUCUCAAUGCGUAUCAGCCCAAGCAAAGCUACAAUCAAGCGAAGUGUCCAAAAUUCUCGUUGCCAAAGACAGCCCUUCAUACACAUCCGUGCUACAAAACUACAUUCGAAAUGCAAGGUUCAAUACCACAGCCACACCGAAACCAGUCAUCAUCGUGACCCCAACAGCCGAAUCCCACGUCUCGGCCGCUGUUGUUUGCGCAAAGAAAAGCAGAAUUCAGAUUAGAAUCCGCAGCGGAGGCCACGACUAUGAGGGUGUAUCAUACGUCUCUGACGUCGCAUUUAUCAUCAUUGAUAUGUUCAAUCUUCGGUCCAUUGACAUUGACUUGAAAACACAAACUGCUUGGGUUCAAACUGGUGCUACACUAGGAGAACUUUAUUAUAGUAUAUCUCAGAAAAGCAAAACACUCGGAUUCCCAGCUGGGGUUUGUCCUACUGUUGGUGUUGGUGGGCACUUUAGUGGUGGAGGAUAUGGUUUCUUGAUAAGGAAAUUUGGACUCACAACAGAUAAUGUUGUUGAUGCUAAAAUAGUGGAUGUACAGGGCAGAAUUCUUGAUAGGAAAGCAAUGGGAGAAGAUCUUUUUUGGGCUAUUAGAGGAGGAGGAGGAGCUAGUUUUGGAGUAAUACUGUCAUACAACAUAAGAUUGGUCACGCUUCCACCAACUAUUUCAGUUUUCCGGCUCGAGAGGUACUUGGAAGAGAAUGCAACUGAUAUUGUUGUUAAGUAUCAGCAAGUUGCACCAACCACUGAUGAAAACCUUUUCAUGAGAAUGCUUGUCCAGCCUGUGGAUUCCAAAGUGAAGAAGGGAGAGAAGACUAUUAGAAUCACAAUUAUAGCUGAGUAUCAAGGAGAUGCAAAUACUCUCGUCGCAUUGUUAGGCAAGGAGUUCCCUGAGUUAGGCCUGAAGAAAGGAGAUAUUGCAGAAAUGAGUUGGAUUCAAUCUGUUCUAUGGUGGAAUCAGAUACCCAAUGGCACCGCACCUUCAGUCUUGCUCGACCGAAAUGUAAAUGACGCAGACUUUGUGAGGAGGAAAUCAGAUUACAUAAAGACCCCAAUUCCCAAAGCUGGCUUGGAAUCGCUAUGGACCAAGAUUGUUGCCAUUGGCAAACCCGGACUGGUUUUCAAUCCAUAUGGUGGGAAAAUGAACCAAAUCCCUCCAACAGCAACGCCUUUUGCACAGCAAGUUGCUGUAGCAAAAGAAUCACCUCAUGGAAUUCUCGUUAAAGGGUAA